UUUAUUUUUCUAUUUAGGUACUAAAUUAUACACACAAGCAGUAGGGAUGUAUAACAAUGGUGUGCUUGUGGGUAAUUGGGUCGAGGAACGUCUUAAAAAUGAAGAUGACUUCAAAUUCUUUUUGAGGAAACGAGACAGACGUGAACUUUUGUUACAAAAAGCAAGGACUUUGUAUAGCAAUUUGCUGAAAGAGAGGCCACUAUCCAUCAGUGGAAAUUAUGCAAUGUUUGGAUAUAAUGUCCAAUUAAUUGCUCCGGAUAUACCAGUCAAAGGUGCUGGUGGCGUGCAGCACCACGGGCUGGCGCUGUCCAGCCAAGUCGGCGGAAGAGAAGUGGAUUGUGAACAAAAUAUAUACGAUGGCUGCCUUAUGACGCUCAGCCCGCUCAUGACACCAUGUUGCCGGAACACCUUUGUUAUACUCAGCAUUGAAGACGAAUCCAUACGUGGCAAGAAAGUUAAUUACGGAGACCAAUUUUUCUUAAAGGCAGAAAAUUACGGAGACCCAGAUGCGCCACCGCUUUAUGUCCGGUACCAGAACUGCGUGGUGCCAGAGCCGUCCAACCGGAUCCCCAUCCGACUCAGCGCCAAGCGAGACACCAACUGCCGCUGGACCACUGUGCCGUUGCUGCCUUGCGACCGCCUUGAAGGCAUAGGCAAACCUAUUGAGACUGGCAAAAAGCUUAUCAUAAAGAAUUGCGUUGCUGAUAAGAGUUUGAGCGUCAUGUAUCAAAACUGGAUGCAAACGUUCUUUGGCAUGUACAAAUUGGAUACAUUUCGGAAUCAAAUGAAAAAUGGUGACAUGAUGCUUGCGAGAUACCGGAAGAUGACUGAAAACCUUAAUGCAGCCACCGUCUUGACUCAGUCUACGGGAACCACUACUUUUGGUGCCAAGAUUUCAUUGCUUGCACCUCAUGUAUCAGUUUCAGACACUCCCAGUGUGGAAUAUAAGGGUCUCUUCUUGGGUGGUCGCAUUUCGGCUGAUGACAUAAUGUACUCACAAGACCUCCGCGAUGGAUGCUCGGUGGUAGCUCACCAGGAUGUAGUGCCACAAGAAAAACACACCUUCGUGAUAACUAGUGCCGAUUACUGCAAUCGGGAACACGAAGUUUUGAAGUUUAAUCAGGAAUUUCUUCUAACUCUCUCUAAAACAGUAAAGACAAAGCCCCUUUACGUGAGGUUCGACCCAAACGCAAUCCCAGGUUUGUGCGGCAAGUUUCCAUUGUUCCUGAGUGAGCACGCGGUGUCAAGCACGCGCUGGCGAAUCCUGCCGGCCCAGAGACCUAACAUCUCUCGCUUUGAACAGGAAGGGAAACCAGUCCCUGUAAAUGAAGACAUUAUAAUAAAUCAUUGCGCCACCAAUAUUAAUUUAGGCGUGGACACCGGGAAGUGGGAAACGGGAUUCUACGGGAAAAUUUACGCUCCCCUGAUGAAAACCUGCUUAGACGUGUUUGGGCGCGAAUUGCCGAAUAACGUUUGGCAUAUUCACAUUCCCAUCUCCAAAGACUGACUGACUUUUUAGUUUUUU